AUGGGGGCUUCUCCAAAUCCACCCGCUAGUGCCCGUGAUUUGAAGGGCAUGGUCCUUCAAAACAGGGCAAAGAGAAGGCAAUGGAGGAAGAGAAGCAUUCGAGGUGGCACUCAGAGGAGGAUCUUGCUGAAGAGGAGGGCAGUUCUAGAAGGUUCUAGGAGGCUCAGAAGUGAUGGGGUAAUGAGAAGGGUGAGAACCCUCAAAAGUCUUGUCCCAAAUGGCGAAUCCAUGGGCUUGGACGGCCUCUUCGCAGAGACAGCUUAUUACAUCAUGUGGUUGCAAAUGAGGGUGAAGGUUAUGAAGACCAUGGUCAACUCUUUAUCAACUUGUGAUUGA